AUGUUCUGGUCUGACUGGGGCACCGCCGCUAAAAUUGAAAAGUGCGGUAUGAAUGGGGACAAGUACACCCGAAAAGUCCUCAUCGAUCGAGACAUUGUAUGGCCAAACGGAAUGACAAUAGACUAUAAAGAAGGAAGGUUGUGGUGGACAGAUGCAAGGCUCGGUACGAUAGAGUCUGCAGAUCUAAAUGGUUUUGAUCGCAAAAUUACUUUACGCAGCUGGUAUGUUGGUACCUCUUUUGGUAUAGCUGUUUUUGGCGAUUCUAUCUAUUUGACAAAACGCAGCCGCGGUAGAGGGAUAGUAAAGAUGGACAAAGCCACUGGUAAUAACUGGGUGAGAAUGGGCCGUAAGUUACGAGCGCCUAAAGAGUUAGUGGUGUAUCACAGACUGAGGCAGCCAGUACCACGAGGUGAGUUCGUCACAUUAGGAUAGAGUGAUCCAGCUAACUCUCUCUUAUUCUCGGAGACAGUUGUACCAUAUUAUGAGUCAAUGGAUGAAAUCCUAAAGUGUGACCAGUCGAAUGAAAGCUACAGAGCAACGUUCUCAUGUGGUACUGUUUAUUAUGCUGUACAAGGUAGUUCUAACCUAGUUUGAGUCAGUAGAUGAACUCGUUAGUGUGAACAUUCAAAUGAAAGCUACAGAGCAGUACUUUCCUCUGCUACUGUGUAUUAUGCGGUACAAGGUAUUUUUAAUUUUUGAGCCUAUAGGCAAAAUCCUAUGAUGUGAUAACCAAAGGAAACCUACUAAGCAGUACUUUCCUGUCGUACUGUUUAUUAUGGUCUACAUGGUGGUUUUAACUUUAUAGACUGCAGGAGAAAUCCUAUGGUGUAAUCAUUCAAAUGUUAUCUCGCGUGGUCGUACUUUAGAAGGAGGCUGACAUGUUUGUAUUCUCUUUAUUCAGACGGAAAUCCAUGCCAGCCCAAAGCAGGAUCCAUAAGCUGUAGCCACAUCUGUUUAUUGGCUCCAAAAGACUCGUACCCGGAUGGUUAUUCCUGUCACUGUCCCCCAGGCCUCUUGUUGCUUUAUGAUAACAAGACAUGUGAUACCUCAGGUAACAUUAUCAUUAUCGAGAUGUAAUUCAUUCCUCAAGUCACUGAAGGCUGACCCUAGUUACCCCGGUCUCUGAUGAGCCCCACCCCCGAGGGCGAAGGUAGUGACGGUACGUGCUAAUUUUCAAGAGAGCAUGGAGGCCUGAAAAUAGUGAGAGAGACCCAAAAUUGCAAUAAAAUUGUCACACGAAGAUCCAUUCGAUCGGAACCUCCCCGCUCAGGAAAAAGGGACAGACAGAUCUCAGUUAAAACCUUAUUAUUUGUCUUCACCAAAUAGUGUCGAAUAUCAUCCGAAGAUUUCCGAAGAUCUUUCGCGUGAUUCGAUGUCUUCGAGACUUGACAAACAUUGCUUAUCACCUUCCAUCGACCUUACAACGGUUGCAAAUGACAAUUGUUUAUAAAUAUCCAUACCGUUGCACUUAUAGACCACGAUCCUGUUUUGAUCUGACGUUGAGGAAGUUUGCUCAUAUAUGGGUAUUUAAAUGGUUCUCAAAACCAGUUAGUUCGCGGUAAAUGUUUCAGUUUCCUUUUUUAAUUAGUCGUUUCCUUAUGAACAAAAACUCGGAUGCAGUACCUGUACCAUUUAUCAAACUUUUUGGUAAAAAUCCUAGCUAGGAAACAGCCCUUAAGAUAAAGAUCCUGGCUGGAAAGUUCGUUUUAACAUCAACCUCUGACUGGCUUUGGGGAGCGGAUAUAAUUUUCCCACAGAAGUUAAUAAUCAACCAAAAAACACUUAGUGAUUGUCAAAAUAUUACUGGAGGCGAUAUCCAAUCACUUUUGAAAUUUUUCUCGUUGGGUACUCCUGAAUUGAUAUACAAUUUUUUGCUUCUCACAGAGAGAGAAGAAGUAAAAGGUGGUAGGAGGUCAACAACUGGAACUUCUGCUCCAACAACUCCUCCGGGCCCUACCCCCCUUGGUACUGAAGUGUGGCGGAAUGUUCGUCUCCCAGACAACAUUGUCCCUGUUCACUAUGACGUGGUUCUUUAUAUUGAUCUUAAGAAGCUGGUGUUCUUUGGAGAUGUAUCAAUUCUGGUGAACGUAACAAAGCCAACUGAGACUGUACUAGUUCAUUUCAAUAAGAUGAAUAUAACGUCUGCUAAAGUAGAGAUGGCUUCCAGUGGAGGUGAAAAAAACGUUUUUUCGUUUAUUGAUCGCUUGAUUAAAAAUCGGUUAAAAGGGAAGCAGUACAUUAUGCCGCCCGGUUAGCUUAGUUGGAAGGGUGCCGGUCUGCUGAGCGGGAGGUAGAGAGUUAAAACCCGGGCCGGUUUUUUUGUUUUGUUUUGUUUUGUUUUUUGUUUUUUUCGUGAAAAUGGUAAACGCUCUUGGACAUUAAAAGGCUUCAUUGUCAACAAUGAUAUAGUACAAUUAUGUCGUUACAACAAGCAGUUGCGAACAUUCUCCCGAUCCCAUUGUCUCCUUUCCCGAUUGCAAAAUGAUAAAACUUUUAACUUUUGUUAACUUGUUUCCGCCACUACGAUGUUCUCGCUAAAACAGUUAACUCGUAGCAAAAUGACAACGGCUAUCACGUUUUCCCGCCAAAAUGAAGCUGACUACCGCGAAAGCACUACUUAGCCUUGAGAAAAUCUCGUACUCGUAGACUCGUAGUCGUCGCGUCUUGGAAUCUACUUAUAGAAACGUCGAAGAAGGCGACUUCUAUCAGUUAACACCCUUAGACGAAGAUCUUUCUUAUAUUGUAUAUAUGUAUAUAGCAUCUUGUCCUAUUAGCUUUGCUUCGUCCUAACAUCCUUUCAACUUUUUUUGGCAGGGUCCCUAAGCAUACAAAAACAAUUCGAAUUUAAGGAAAACCAGUUCUACGUUAUUGUGAUGAAGUCACCUUUAGAAAAAGGUCGACAAUACCGUAUUAAGAUGAGCUUCCGGGCGAAGCUGACAGGAGACCUGGCAGGAUUAUUCAAAAGCACCUACUACAAAAAAGACGGCAAAGAAGUGUAAGUUUGUUUGUUGAAAUUUGAAGACAAUUACAAUAAACACCCGCAUACAACUUUUUUUGAAGUCUGACAUAAUAUGUUCUUGUAUUUUGGGGUACUUAUUGGCAAUUUAGGCUAAUUAUAUUUUAGGUUCUUAAUUAGGUCCCUAAUUUAAAUGAAGGAGAUAAUAGAUUAUUGAUUACCAUAAAAAUAAAUAAACUUGGGUUUGGUCCUUAAAAAUCCUUAUUUUUUCACAAUUGUAUUAUUAUAACGGUAACAAAACUGAUUACCGAAUUCAUAUACAGUUUCGUUCAGUAGGUUCUCGUUAUACUUAAAUUUGCAAUUUCAAAGUUACACUCUUGCUUGAAUUGUUUAUCAGUAGUAACCCACAUAUAACAACCUGCUUGACCUUGCUUGACUAAACAGGCUCUUGUAUUUUUGGUUUGGUAUUAUAGUAACAAAUUUCUGCUUGGAGGUUCUUAAUCCACAAGUUUUUAUAUGCGGGUGUUUUCUGUAAAUGAUAUGAAACAAAGGCUGUAUAAUGAUGGCCAUUCAUUUUUUCACUAGGCGAAUUCGAAUUUAAACGGAGGAAUAAAUAAAACAAAACUAACGGCCUAACGUCAAAACAUAGAAAAAUAAACCAUUUACAUUUAGUCCAUGGAGAAGAAUUGUUUUACAUGCUGCGAUUAGAGCUGUUGAAUCACCCUAAACACUAUGACACAUGUAUAAAAGUCGCGGGAUUCUGAUUACAGAACCAUCGCAGCUAGUCAGCUGCAACCGACCGAUGCACGAAGAACGUUUCCUUGUUUUGAUGAACCGGCACUGAAAGCGAAGUUCUCUGUGACCCUGGCACAUGAUCCUAGCAUGAUUUCCAUCUCUAACAUGCCAAUCAAGAAACAGGAGAUGAAGGAUGAGUGGCAGUUAGACCAUUUUGAAGAAACUCCAAUAAUGCCAACCUAUCUACUUGCAUUUGUGGUGUGCGACUUUAAGAAUAAAACCAUUACAACCAAAGGUGGAACGAAGGUAAGUGAGGGACAUUGUUGUCAACUAUAGUGGAACCUCUCCUUUGAGACACCCUCCAUUCAUGGGACACAAAAUUUGGUCCCGGAAAAACGUUCACAUCAUCUUUGUAUCUGUUACCUCUAUUGAACGGACACAUCUAUUCAGGGAAGAGGGAAACUUGUUCUGGGUCCCGAAAACCAGGUUUAACCUCCAUUCAGGGGACUCCUUGGCGCUCAAACCACAAAAUAGUUGAUACGGUCAAGGGUUCACUAGUCACAAUGGCGACAACUUCAGAACAUGAACUAUCUGACUUAAAAUCGGUGUACUGCACUUGUGGGAAUUCAACACACAACAUCGCAAAGACAAGUUAAUCAUGAUUUUUUAUACAUUAUCUAGCUGCUUUUUUGGACUAUGUUGAUAUCUGAUCGAUAUAAAAAUUGUAUGACGUGUGAAUAAACUGAACUAAACUGAUUGUCCUUUAGCGUAAGAAUUUAAUCCCAUUCUCUCGUUGACAUAUUAAAGAGUUUCAAAGAGCUGCAUGUUGAGCUUCAGCACGUGUGCUGAUCUUGGUGCUUGUGUAAUUUGUGUAACCUUGGUUAAUGCAUUUCUAGCUUUCUCAUUGGUUCACUGGAUCUUGAUUAUCAGCUAUUAUACCUGCUUCUGACCUUAUAUAGAAAAUAAGUGCGACAGCGACAUCGGCAAACUCGGACAGGCGGACAGAAAUCAAAAUCAAAAUAAAUAAAAGUGGGCAAAAGAGAAGGUUGAGAAUUUAACAAAAUAAUCAUUCCAUGCGCUCUUGUUGGACACGAGAUGUGUUAUAGCCAACUCAGAGGUUCGCGCCUCAUUGGCUAUUUACCGCCUCGAAUCCAACGCAGGCUCAUGGAAUAAUUGUUAUAUAACCUGUUUUAAUUGUUUUGUUUCUGUAGAUGUCGUUUUAUGCUCAACCGGAUUUAAUAGAUCAAGUGGAUUAUGCAAUGAACAGAGGAACGAAAAUGCUAGAAUAUAUGGAGGAUUAUUUCGGCAUCAAAUAUCCUCUUCCCAAAGCUGGUAAGAACGUUCUCUUGCAUACAGCCGAAUAAAGAGGAGAAGCGUGACGUCACGUUACCAUGGUAGCAAAAUUUCUGGAUCACAACAAUAGGACGCUUAAGCAACGACGACGGCUACCGCAACGAGAACGGUAAAAAAAGGAAUAGGUUUCUAUUAGCAAAACAACAACUUUGCACGUGCGUCACGCUCUUUUGUACAUUUCUUAGCCGUCGUUGCACGACUACGACAUGAGACUUCCUAAUUUCUCAACAACACACUAAAAUUUUCGUUUUCUAAACUUAGAUACGGCCCUUUAGGUUACAACUCCAGAAAAUUUCGCCAACACUUGACAAAUAAAGUGACAUUGAGUAAGAUCGAUGAAGUUUUAAAAAGUGCGAAAUCACUUUUUAAGUGACGUUUUCUGUUUGUUGUCAUCCAGAAAUUUUGCUACCAAGCAACGUGACGUAACGACUUCUCCAGAGUUGAAACCACUAGACCUACGUCGGUCAUAUCCGUACCCAGGCCCACGCCAAUUUGUCUUGCCAACAUUUGUCCUUUGCAAGAAAUGUAUCGUGGCGUAAUAUUAAGGGUCGUACUAUUUUUGCUAGUUUUUGCAGGCGUGUGGGAGACAGGGUAGGUCUCGAAAAAAGUCCCAUUGCGUCUUUAAGGCGCUUAACUGAACCACGACGACGACGACGUAAAAAACAAUUGGUUUUGCGAGCAAAACAACAGCUCUGCACGUGCAUCCCGCUUUUUAGUACAUUUCAUGCUUAACGGCAACGAAGUUUGCAAUGAAUACUCCAGGCGUUUUAAAACACAACCUCAACUCAUUGAUCGGCCAUGUCGCAAAAUCGUUUAAUCGUGUUUAGGGCAGCAAUAAAAUACCCGCCUAGGAUAAUAUAUCGUCGCAGUUAUUAUUAUUUUUUUUUUGACUGUGGUAGACAUGAUUGCUAUCCCUAACUUCGCACAUGGUGGAAUGGAGAACUGGGGAUUGAUAAUUUACAGUGAGGCGACAUUGUUUUACAAGCCUGGUGAAUCAUCAGAAUCCACUAAGAAAAGUGUGGCUGGUGUUGUAUCACACGAACUGGCUCACCAGGUUUGUUGAAAUAUUCAAAAGAAAGUCAACAUCUUAUUUUUUUAUCUUUUUUUGUUGUUGUUGCAAGAGGAAAGAAGAAUAAGAGCUGAUAAGAAAAUCGUCUGUUUUCUCUUUUUAAGGGAGGCGUUGUUUUUCGUAUAUUUCCGCCCUUUUUAUUAAAUAUCUAGCCAUGUUUCCUUCAAUCGAAAAAAGACUCAAUUGGUUUACAGCCUUUGGAUCAAUUUUUUUUUUGAAUGUUUGGAUGAUUUUUCGAAUGUUUUUAAUGUAUAAAAAUAAAAAUUACUGAGGGAGGGGAAAACUGGAAAUAUUGGAUUUGGGAGUUGUUAAAAAUUAAAAUAUGCAGUGAAUAAUUAGUUGACAAAUACCAGAUAGUUCAUCACCAAAACAAGGUGCUUCUGAGCCCACUAGCGGACUAACUUGUUUCUCUGUAUACCAUUUCUUCCCUAAUUUAUUUCCUUCCAAAUCAACAUCAUUUCCCUCCAAAAAAACACCCAUGCUGCCCCCUUAAAUAGUCAUCAUGACGUUACUUGGUUUUAUUGUUGACAAUAGUGGCAACCGAAAGCGUCGUAAUUGUUCAUAAAGCUUCAUAAAGGCAGGACGCAGGACUGAGGUUUAAAAGCGAGAUAGCCGAAAUUACUACUCGUUUCUGAUACAGUUACACGUCUUUUCACUUUGUAAAAAGGAAAUUUCCAGAAUUUAAAUUCAUUUCUACAAGGUUGUCUUCAACUCUACGUCGUCAUGUGACUUGACCGCUGCCCGGAGCCAUGACAAAUAUUACAAAUUGCUUCAUCACGUGAUACGCAAGUAUGUCUCACAGAACAACAAAUUCCCUCAAUAGGCAUGAAAGUAUUUGUAUUAAUAAGGCGGUUCACGACGAUCCUCAACAUUUUUUCAGCGGUUCAUUGAUGGAUCAACGGUAUACAACGCUUUUCCAUUUUACGGACUAAUCAUAAAAGGCCAAAUGACAAGUAAACAUAGUAACCUUUUGCGUCAUUUUCUUGACGCAAAAGGUUACCAUGGUAAAAGCACAGCUCGUUAUAAACGCCCUCAACUUUGGCUUUAAGUGUUCAAAAUUCAAGAUAAGUUUGGUGACCCCCAUUUUAAGUUGUCAAGUUUUACUGAAAACGUCAGGAUUUAACUGCUGUGGAACCAAGGGACUGGCAAAAUCUGUUCGCUAUAUUGAGGUUCCACCGAAAUCACAAAGUUUGAAAAAACUGAUAGGAUUCAGCGGAUUCAGAGCAAUUUUUCUGCCUCUGAUGCGAAGAUAUGCCACACCUUUACAAUGGCUGUGGUCGCACUACAGAGUUAAAUCGCUUAUAAGGCAUCUUUAAUCACGCUUGAAUCAACUCUCAAGUGUGACCCAAAAAAUACCAUUUCGAGAUCUCGUCGACGAGGGUGUAAUGUAAGCAGCUGACAAACUUUCAACUCUUCCUCAUUAAUAGCCUGCGAAGCACAGACGUAUUUCCGGUCGUCCCUUUUGAAGCGACGACCGGAAAUACGUCUGCGCUUCGCAGACUACCUCAUUAACAGCUACACUUUUGUUUUCUGCCAUAUAAAUAGUGGUUUGGCAACCUGGUCACUAUGGAAUGGUGGAAUGACUUGUGGCUCAAUGAAGGAUUUGCCCGCUUCGUAGAGUAUCAUGGAGUCAAUGCUACAGAGCCUAAUUGGAAAGUGGUAACUUACGUAACGCGUAUAAUUUUAGCCUUGUUCCGAGCCAUUGUAAAUUGGGACUGGGGGAGUGGUAAGGAAAAAGCUCUUGGACGGCAUAGCGUAAGGAGAGCAAAGUGUAGCCUACGUAGCUGGCGGGAUAUAUCGGGCGUGAUUUCGUCAUUCCAAGGGUGCCCUUAUCGUUUUUGGGGGGGGGGGCAGCAAAGACGCGAGAUUAGGGCUGGGAACGGGAAUCCCUCGCGGCUUCACCGCUAGCUACACGCCGCAGCUCCGCCGCUAAAAAGCACUAACCAACUCUGAUCUGAUUCCGGCAGCUAAAAAAGCUCGGAGUUUUUAAAGCACCUUUUAAAUCUCUAUGCGAAAGUUGUUUACGUGACGUGUGACGUAUAUCUGUGACGUGUAAGUUACGUCAUAACUGCACACGUUCGCCAUCGAGACUGUUCAAGCACAUAGAUCGCGGGGCAACAAGUACGACAAACAUUUGGAUGCGAAAGUAACCAUGCGACACUCACCAAUACAAGAACUUAGAAUUUUAUAGCUGAAAUAAACCCUUAUGAAUAAAAUUUUAGCACAAAAAGAAUCCAAAGAGCUGAAAUUUUGAUGACGGUGAUUAGUGAGCUAAAGCGUUUUAACUUUUGCCUGUUUUAUUCUCAGCUUGAUCGAUUUGUGAUAGAUGAUCUAAAGUCUGCAUUGUCACUGGACGGUUUGACGAAUUCCCACCCAAUCAAGGUUCCUGUGUAUCAUCCGGAUGAAAUCUGGCAAAUGUUUGACUCCAUCUCAUACAGCAAGGUAUUACUUCUGCCCGGAGCACCAAAAUACAUAAACCUAAGUAACUUAUAGCUAAUUAAAAUAAAUAAUUCGAGCAACAGUCGGCUUGCUUAGGAGCGAUUGAAGUCUCAAGGUUAUAGUUUUAGCCCUUUUUUAAACAAAUGCUGCCUAACUCACUUUUAGAUAGAAUUUUAAAGAUAACUUAAGAUGUACUACUGUUUAUAAAGAGGUACUGAAUGCAAUCAAGAGCCAUAAUGGCUCUUGAUGCAACCGAAACCAUUUUUUAGUCCAGACGUAGUAAAUCGAUAAACCAGAUAAUCGAUAACAACCAAUAGUAAUCGAUAUCAAUCAUCGAUGAAUAUCGAUUUCCUAAAUCAAUCGAUAGAAAUCGAUAAAAAAAAGUUGUGACGAUUAUAUCGAUUGAUUUCCGGUAUCGAUUUCUAUCGAUUAACUACGCCUGGUUUUCGUUGAUAGUUGAAGGAUAACAACAUUAAUUGCUGUUUACAGGGAGCCUCGGUCAUUCGUAUGCUUCAAUUCUUUCUCGGGAGAGAUGCCUUUUUGAAAGGUCUCAAUGUAAGUUGAAUUUUUUUGAGCUGGUAUUUUCAUCACCUUUAAACUUUCACUUUUGACUUUCUAAGUAGCCUGAGACCGGCAAACACGAAGCGAGCGAGGAGCACCAGACAGGCGCCUUCCCCGUCGCGUGUCUCGCGCUCCACGCUCGCCUCGCGCUUGCUUUCGCUCACCUGAAAAACGCCAAAAAAAAAACGCCUAUCAUCCAGGAGAGAAUACUUACCUUUAGUAAUGGGUAAUUGGGUACCAUCUAUGUGUCAAAAAUGCCUUAAUUAAGUCAAAAAUCAGGAUAUCAAUAGUAAAAAGCUAAGAUGACCGUAAUGUAAAAUAUCUUUUUCAAAGACAUUUUUUCUCAGUUUAACCUUCAAAGUAAAAAAAAAAUUGGGGCAAGCAUGCCUUUAAAAACUGGAAGCAGUACAUGUCAUGAACAACAGUCUGUCAUAAAAAAUGUUGUGAGAUAAAGGUUUAAAAAAAUCACCAAGUCUGAACGGUAUUGACGUAAGGGUCAGUUGGCAGUUAGGCAGGGCUCAACCUUCUCCCCAUCUGCUCUAAAUCGCCCUGUAGACAAAAAUCCAGGGUUACUCCCCUGUAUAAUUUAUAUUCAUUUGUUAUGUGAGGCGCCAAAGGGGUGCGUUUCCUAGUCAAUUGGUCUGAAAACAGCUAUAGCUUUUUAGCCGUUGAGAUCUGAAAUAGGGUAUAGGGUUUUCACCGUAGCAUAAUCUUAACAUUUACCGGAAGUAACAUUGUGCACGUUUAUGAUAUAUCCUAUAUAGCGUUACCUUAACAAACAUCUGUAUGGAAAUGCAGUCACAGAUGACUUAUGGAACGCCCUUGAAGAGGUAAUUUACAUAAAAGUAAAUGUUCUCCUUCCUUGUUUUUCCUCUCUAACACGAUUUUUUUUAUGAUAAUUUAGACCAAUGGAACGUACUUAGCAUCCGCUCUGUUCAAUUUAAGCAAAGUCGUACUUUUUUGGUUUGGUUUCACUGUUGUUAUAUUUCAGUUGUCUCAUUAAAGUGAGGGUAUAGCCGAUCAGUGAGCCCUCUUGUUAGUAAUAAGCCAAUAGUUUCUAUCUAAUUUAGUUAUAUAUUAAGAAAAACAUAAGAAUUCUUCGCGUGCCGUUAUUUUUCUUUGAAGGAGAGUUGUGUACACCCUGGCGGCUGUAAAAGAGUCAAGCAGAUGAUGGACACUUGGACACUGCAAAUGGGUUACCCUGUGUUAACAUUUACUGAGAAGAAUGGUAGUGUAUAUACUGUGUCACAGGAAAGGUUUCUGUAUGACCGCAACGCAAAUGUAACCUCGAAACACAACAGCCCAUUCAAGUGAGUUCCUAACAAAAGUAUUGAUAUUGAUUUUAGCUACAAAAGUGAAGUUGAAUUUUUUUCCUUUGGUACCGGGGGGGGGAGGCAUUGUAACUCUCUCGAAACUCUCAAAUUUGAGUAAAGAUCCGUGAAUUAAAUGCAAAGUAACCGCAGUGUGAUGAGUUGAACUGAAACCAUUUUAGUCUUUACAUUUUAUAUUUGAAUCAAAGACUGUUUGUUUAAGAUGAUAAUCAUUGGUAAGAUAAAAUCGUGGUAGGGUAGAAGUCUGUCUCUGCGACUGGAUUUUAGGGAAAAGCCAACUUAAAAAGUUAUUGAAACACCAGCUCCAUAUAAGUGGGUUGUCUUGUUCCCUCCUUCGUAUGGCGUGAAUGCUACGAAAGGAAGGCAAAUAUAUUUAUAGCGGAGCCCUGUUGGUAGAAAAAUCUGGUUACCCAAUCCAUUUUGAAUUUGGUUGUCACAUGACAGUACGUACGGUGGCGGAGCUGAGGGAAACAGUGAGAAACAUUGAGAUUCUAUAGAAACAAAAUUAACUGUUUUCCGAGAAACCAGUCUUUAAAGUGAUUUGUUGUUAUAUAGCUGGAAAUUCGGAAGCUGGGAAUUCACUAAACCUCGCUGUAACGGCGGUCGUCUGUCAACAUUCACGGGUAACAGUGCACUGUUACCCUCUGACGUCAUAGAUUUUGCAAUGUUGCCCGCUCAGAGAUUUUGGCGGGAAACAGUUUCAUUGGUAGAAGUCAUGUGACGUUCAAGGAACCAAUGAGAGCGCGCGCUGUUGGGAAAAAUUGCCAGCUAUAUAACAAAAUGAAUUAUUCGUCGUUUAGAAAGAGAAAUAUGGGACUGUGGAGAGUCUGAUAGAGCUAAUCGAUGCGGAAAUCACUGGUAUUUCACUAUUUUUUUUUUAUUUUAGCUACAAAUGGGUUGUACCAUUUACAUACAUCACCGAGGCCAACUCCGUGCCUAUUUCCAAGCCUCUAAGUGAAACUUCAGGUAGGUUAUAUUACAAUUUGUUGUUAUGAGUAUUUGUUGCUCCAUUCUUAUGAUUAUAUAUGAUGUGGUUCAAUUUUAUCCUUGGUUUAAUUUUUGUUUCCUUUUGUUUUGGGGUAUGGUAAUGUAUGAUAAUGAGUUUCAAACAAAAGAAAAUAAAAAUUGAAUCAAGGAUAAAAUUGAACCACAACAUAUACCCCACUAACACAAUAGAGUGCCAUUCUCUCUGAAAUCAUUUUCUAAUCGAAGUUUAAGUAUUAUUCUGCCAAAUUUCGGAAUUUUUUUUACUUUCUCACGCGCGCAUUGGUUGCUUUUUGUCUGUAGUUGAUAUCACCUGGGAUGGAAGUGGCUGGCUCAAGGGAAAUGUAGGUCAAACAGGAUUUUACAGAAUCAAUUAUAUGCAACAGCAGUGGGAGCAGCUCAGUAACCAACUGGACACAGACCAUCAGGUCGGUUUGAUGAAAAUGACACCAGACUUUGUCUUAAUAGGACUAACCAAUUUAACAGCUUUAUUUUCUUAUCACUUAUGUUCUUUUAACGUGUUCAGAAUGGUUCGGUAUACAAAGUGUUUUUGUGUAUAUAAGUCCAUCUCUUUGUACUAGUUUUGUAUAUAUCUUUGGGGGUUUUCAGCCUUUUUUGAUAACAGCAAUCUUUGGCUGAUCGUUUUCAUUAUCAUUAGAAUAUAUUCAGCAGAUAAUUGUAAAGGCGCUCUGUUAGCAAAGUAGGACAGUUUCUAAUAAUAGUAAUAAUAAAAUCUAAAUCGGGGAAAAGCAGAACGGAGGAAUGGUGGAACGGUGGGAAAUCACCCAAAAUCCUAAAACGCGGAAAAUAAAUAAAAAUCGAUUUUAUAUAUAUUUUUAUAUUUAGAGUUCACUCACCAGAAAAAAAAAAGUUAAAACAUUGCUUUUAUGUUAUGCUUCUACUUAUUCUUUAAGUUGAUAAUGUUAAAUUACCGGUAAACUAGUAAGGUAAAAUGAUUUUGUAAAACUGAUUUGCAGGUAUUCCAAGUAGCAGACCGUGCAGGGCUGAUAGAUGAUGCCUUUAAUCUAGCCAGGUAUAAUUAGACCAAUUUUCUUAUAACAAGAUUCUCGAAUUCGAUUGGUUCUUUACUCCUUGUGUGUUGCUUAAUUGGGUUGUUGCAGCACCUAUAUUAGCCUGCGUAGCAUGGCGGUUUUAUCGAACCGGGCGCAAGAGCGGCGUAGCCGCGAGAAAAAUAAAAUCAAGUUGCUCCCGCCCCAAUCUCCUCGCGGUUUCUCUGUCCUCGCCCGCCUUUAUUACCUAGCGCGCCCAACCAAAACCGCCAUGCUACGCAGGCUACACCUAGAUAAAUCUGCCCGAUUUCAAGUAGGUUUUGAUCAGACAGGUCAAAUCGUACAGUAACACAGGCAAUGAAGGGUAAAAAGAUCUUUUUGUUGCUAUACUUUCAUUAUAGAUUUAGUUUUGCCCAGAAGUGUCACUCCUCCACCCUUUUUGUAUGAAAAAUAUAUGUCAAGAUUAAAGAGCAAUCUGUACAUUGGGCAAUGAUUCAUUUGUGAUUCAUUUGUGACAUUCGGGCAAUGGUUUUUUCUACAAUCAUAGGUGAUCAUGUCGGGUGGACGCUCGGGCCAGAAACAGAGAAAAAAAGAAUAUGUCAAAUUUCUGACCUUAAAAGUGGUCGUAGUCGCUUUAAAUAUCUGAGAAGUGGUCGCUUACGAGAGAGUUUUUAAAACAGUAUUUGACUGAGAAACAAAAAGGAAUUUUUACAAAGUGGUCGCUCACGAGGAGUGGUCGCAAUGAGAGAGUUGACUGUAUGCCACACAAAAUGGCAGUGCGAACUACAAGCUCCUUAGUUCCUCAGUCAAAAACACAUUUUUAAUUAUGAUUUUAUAAAAAAAAUAGCUCAUUUGAGAAAAAGACCUCUAGAAGUUUAGGCAUUGAAGGUUUUUAUAGUUGUAUUUAAAGCUGUGAAGGCACCUUAGUCGAAUAAUCGAGCCGAAGACAUGCGGGCAAAGGAUCGUGCGGAUGGUCACAAUUGCGAUUAAUCGAGAAUCAAUUACUGUACGAAAAAGCCUGAUUUUGUUACGUAUCUUUAAUGCUGAACGAGAUCAUAUCCCCUCCUUGCAACCACUCCGAGCAAAACGUCGGUUUAAUUUUUUUGGUACAUCAACAACUGAUUCCAUGUAAUAAAUAACUGAUGACUAACUGGCAGUAAAAAGGCGGCACUAAACUUAGUGUAUUGUUUUUAUCUAGGGCUGGGUACAUCAACUAUACUGUUCCGCUAAACCUUACGAAAUACAUGUCGAAAGAAGACGAAUAUGUGCCUCUGGCUACAGUCAAUGAUGGUAUUAGCUUUAUAAACAGCAUUCUACCAAAGUCAAGUCCAGCUUCUAAGUAUUUAGAGGUUUGUUCUACCCGAGAUUUCCUGCGCGCACUCAAUAUGUGCACACGCCUUCGCGCCGUGCUAAAAAGAUAAUCAAUUAGCUAUCGAUUUGCUGGUCCCUGUUACGUAGCAUUGCUUUUAAAGUCAAGGCUAAAGGUCUAAGAGAUAAUUCCUGGCUUUUUAAUUGGGUUGACACCAAAAACCGAAAACACGCUUGAAUUUUACAUAAGUUUAACCAAGGUGCUUCUAUGUUACCCAGCUAACUAUCAUGAAAACUCUUCUUUAAAUGUUUGUUAGAGAUAUCUUAAGCACCAAGCUAUGAACCAGUACCAGAAACUUGGGUUUACCGACACUGGCAGCCAUCUUGAAAUGCAAGUGAUUUUUAUCUAUUUAUUUAUUAUUUUUCAGCCACAGUACCAUUUUUAUCAUUCAUUACCUUCUUUCGACCAGAGGAUGAACUAGAGCUAGUUUAUGAAACACCUGACGAUGUGUUUUUCUUACAGAUAUAAGAGAAAAAUAGUAUUAAACAUAAUGUGCUCUGGAGGAGAACCUUCUUGCCUUAAAAACGCAUCGGACUACUUUAAGAAGUGGAUGGAAGAUCCCGUACAGCAUCCGUAAGUAAACAAGACACACCCCACACGAGUUCAAGGGGCAAUAUGAUCAUUUUGUUGAGCUGAAUAUCAUUGUAUUUAUGAAGAAUUUAUUUGUUUAACGGUUUAUACUCAACAUAUAUCUCUCUCUCAUGUUUAAAGUUUUUAGUCCAAGAUCAUUAAGGUUUCAAUUAGCCCACAUUGUUAUUAUACCCGGUUUUCAGUAGUAUCGUCUACUUAACUUCCGCCUGCUAGCAUAGGUCUCUCAUGGCAAGAGAAGAGGGAGAGGAAAGAGAGGGCUCGGCCGGCCUCCGAUGCGUUUUCUAUCACGCAUGCACUGGCGUUUCCUUAACAACUAGUAACGUUUUGGUCACGUGCGACUCAACUUAUAGAGUGUUUUCACUCACGUGGCCAGCAUCUAUGCAAAUUUAUUGGAACAAAAGAAAGCGUUUGCAUAAGAAAAGAGUACAACUCCCAGAGGAUUUGUUUGGGACACCAACAUGGCGGCCGUUUCAUUGUUUUGGGACACCAAUAUGGCCGCCGUGACGUCAUGUGAAAACACUCUAUAGAACCGGUUUGCGCAAUAAAAACUGUAAAAAACAGUAAAUUUCGGCAACAUUUGUCGCCGGCGGCUACAUAAAAGAACGCGUCGGAGGCCGGCAGAGGUCUCCCUCUUUCCCAUCAUUUUUGUCUUGCCAUGAGAGACCUCUGCAAACAGGGAAUUACUUAACGGAUUUGUGAAACAUAAUGUCGUUUCUUGAAGUGUACAUGCAUGCUUGUUGAAUUAAAGCUGGCCUUGGGUUUUACCUGCACUAAGGUUCCUGUUGGGAUUUUUAGUCCAACUUCACAGUUCUUUCAUCAGACCCUCAUUGGUUAUUUUCUACCUUUCAUCGACGACCAUGUAUAGGUGUGUUUUUAUUCACUCUGUUUAGCAACAGGAUGUGCAGUUAAAGUACCCACGGUCAACAAAUUCAACUGUCUACAGUUUAGGUAAAAAGGUUGAAUUAUACAAGUACGUAGAGAAAGCAAGAAGUAGUAAUAAAGUGUUGAAGCAGUAGUUGCUGAGCUGAACGUAAUUAACAACGACAAGAGUAAAGAAACUAGACAGAGUCCCUUUGUAUCUCUCGCUGACUGAGUUAACCCCUUUUCAUCUUUGCCGAAGAACCAUAGGGGCUUUUAAUCAAACCAUAGGGGCUGUCCACACUGGGUGCCCGGCAGGAACCAGUGCCUGGGUACUGGGAGUUGUGUUCACACCACUGCCUUAGAACUAACAAAAACGGUGAACACACAGGGAUCCGUGAACUCGGGCACCGGCACUGUGCCCUAAUUCUAGCGUAGCCGUUUGAAAAAAGGGUGUGUUCACAUUAGUACCCAGUUAGUACCAUACUCAGGCACCAAGAAUGAACGCUGCCAUAGAUCAUCCAGUCUUAUUACGUGUGUAAACACUGAGCCUCUUUACGGACACGCUCUACGCAUGUCUAAACUAAAGUGAUUUUUUUCCUGUACAUUCCAUACUCUCAACGUUCCAGCUAAUUUUCGUUCGUUAGUCUACUUUAAUGGAAUAAAGAAUGGUGGAGUUAGGGAGUGGAAUUUUGCCUUUGAGCAAUUCCAAAAGACAGCAGAUGCAAGUGAAAGAAGCAAGAUUUUGUAUGGUUUGUCGGGCGCCAGUGAACCUUGGAUCUUAAACAGGUUCGGAUUUAAAUGGUUAUCAGAGGUUAACUGUUAUUUGCUUUAUCACUGCAACGGAAGCAACGAGCCACCCAUUAAACAAAGAAUAAUAGAACAGAGAGGGAAACGCACAGUCUAGUCCUUGGGAUAUGUGACCAACAUCAAUUUUCUCCAAACAAAAUCAGCACAUAAUCAAGAGAAAAGGUUAUGAGAACUGGUGAAAUGAUCACAAAAGGCGAAAUGCUUUGAUCUUUUAUCAAAUUCCCCUAACUAAUUCUUUAAGACAAUGUAUAGAGAACGGUCUGGAGAAUUUGUGUGUGGAUAUUUGGGGCUUAAAUGGUUCAACAAUACCUUAAUGUUAGCGAAAAGUUAGUAUACUUUUCGUGUACAUUGUUCUAAUUGAUAAGAAGUAUUCUUUGGAAAAGAAGAGAUUGUAGUUUUGAAUAAACCUCAAAAAUUUCUAGCAGUUUUUCAAAAGCACAUGAAAACUUUUUUUGCCACUGUCGUGGCCAAAUUCUUCAAUUUGCAAGCCCUUUGGUUUCCAGUGUAUCUUUGUAAAGUUAAUUGAUUUGUAUAAUAGAUAGUUUAUCAUCUCUGAUCAGCUAUCCCUGAGGCAAAUAUGUCAUCUUGUCUUAAAAAGUAAGUUCAAUUUAUUCUUUUGAAGGUAUCUUCAAUAUUCCAUUGAUCCUACCAAGAUGAAUCUGCAGGAAACUACGACAGUUAUAAAGUAUGUGGCAGACCAUAACCCUCUAGGGCGAGGGUUAGCGUGGCAGUUUGUUAAACUUAACUGGGCCUAUCUGAUGUAUAAGUAAGUAUGUAUUACUGUAAUAUAGACACUGCUUUGACCCAACUCUUACAUCGUUUUAAAACAUAAACGCUACAUCUCCAAACGUCUCAUGGCAAAAAUUUCUAGUAAAACCUUCAUAUAUCUAAACAUUUGAAGUAAAGCUUUUAUCCAUUUCCGGUUUUGUUUCUAGUAAGGUAAUGUCAUAUAUAUCCAUUUAGCCUCCGGAAGCUUAUAUUUUAGUUUUCGUAUUGAGAUGUGUGAGCGACUAAGUUGAAACCACUACGAGAAAUUUCAGAGCUCAAGCACCUUUUAACCCUUUAACCUUCUAAAAGUUCAGCAUCAAAUUUCUCCUUGUAAUAUCAAUGCUUUGUAAAACAGAGUGGUCAUGAGAAUUGCGGUCAUGAUCACACGACGGAUGUAUUUGCUUGAUAUUUUAUCAAUUUCUCCCCACUACUUCUGCAGGAAAUGAAUGGGGGCAACAAAUGAGAAUUCAAAUUUUGAUCAUGGGGUUUAAAACGGCUAUGUUAAGCUAUUUUCACCUAAAAACAUCAAUAUCCUCGUGACAUGGCGCCUUUUAACAGAUUAUUAUUAAUCCUUAGAUUUGGUGGAAGAUUUUUCACUAUCCGAUCUAUAAUUCUCAGCGUGACAGGCGGAUUUGCCAGUGAAUACGAACUUCAGGAUGUAAGUUA